AUGACAACAAAACGCUUGAUGAUCUACUUGCUGGCUUUCUCAAGCAUCCGGAACCGGCUUCGACAGAAGACCGCCGCCAGUCUACGGUCAGCACCCCGGUGA